AUGCUGGCCAUGGUGAAUCGCGUCUUGGACUGGAUCCGCAGUCUUUUCUGGAAAGAAGAGAUGGAAUUGACGUUGGUCGGCCUGCAAAACUCUGGCAAAACGACGUUUGUCAACGUGAUUGCUGUUAGUUUUUGGGUUCUGAGGAGAAAUUAAGAUGAUGUUUGAUUCAGAGUGGUCAAUUCACUGAGGAUAUGAUCCCGACAGUUGGUUUCAACAUGCGGAAAAUAACCAAAGGCAACGUGACGAUUAAGGUGCGAGGCUUUCUCUUUAUUUGCUCUAGCUUCUCUUAUUUCGUAUUUCUUUGCUUUUGGAUUAGGAUUAUUACUGGAAAUAGUGCAAAAUUUUUCGCAAAGUAUUGCUUUCGAAGAAUUUUCAAAAUGUUCUCGAUAUGAACUGCGCAAAAUUGGAGUUUUGAGAACCGUGAAAAAAUUGAUUGGUUUCUUAAUAAGAUUUUUACGCUCUAAUUUUUGAAUUAUUCAGGCACUUUUUGUAUUUAGUGUAGUUUCACGACAGAAAAAUUAGUAUUUUUGGUUUAGUUAUGGGACAUUGGCGGUCAGCCGCGUUUCCGAUCCAUGUGGGAGCGAUAUUGCCGGGGGGUCAACGCCAUUGUUUUCAUGGUCGACGCGGCGGACGAGGAAAAACUCGAGGUUUGUUUCGAAAUAGAUUAAAUAUUUCAGGUAGACUACGUAAAAUUUUCCUGUUAAAAAAUAGUUUCAAGUUAGGUUGGAUAAAUUGAAAACAGAAUUAAUUAGCUUAUCAAAAAUUUUCGUCUCACUGCCAACUUUCUGAACCGAUUCAGUAGUUGAUUACUUUAAAAUAGCACCUCUUAUUGGCGAAAAGUUGCUUAAAACACGAUAUGCUGACCUUGAAACAUCAUUAUCAUAUAAAAUCAGGUUCUUUCGAACAAAAAUGUUUAAAAUUAUUUUAUCUUGAAGCUAAGUAUAACUUAGGAACGCUAGUGUGGUCCCUAUAGGGAUCGGGUGGAAAAGCAGCCCCUAUAGGGGUGUUGGAUCUGACCCAAAGGCCCUAAUGCUCAAGGGACCCUAAAAAUUAAAAAAAGUUGAUUAAUUCAUCCUCAGUUGAUAUUUUUCUAUCAAAAACGCUAAUUUAUUGUUUUUUUGAAAAUCCUUUUUCCCAUAGAGUACUUAACGUUAAUCGACUAGCAUGUCCCCUAUAGCGACCAUUUUUUUGCCAGCUUUAGUGGUCCCUAUAGAAGUUGAUUAAGUGAUCCCUAGAGGGGACGCUUCAGAGCCCCAAAUUUUGCCCCUCUAGUGACCAUUCUGGGGCGUCUAACUAGUGAGAAAUGUUUGAAAAUGUGUUCUUGAUGAAGGAAAAUAGUCUUUUUCUUCUCCUUUCUCAUUUUUCAUUUUCGCGAAACCCUAAAUUAUAUAUGGAGGAGAGAUUUCGACGAUAAUUGACUAUUUUCUUUGAGGAAUGCUCUGAUCAUAAUCAAUUUUUAACCUUAAAACUGAGAAAAAAGGAACUUUCAGGCGUCGCGAAACGAACUGAUGCAGUUGCUGGAUAAGGCUCAGUUGGACGCGAUUCCGGUUCUCGUCCUUGGAAAUAAGAAAGAUUUGCCGGGAGCUCUCGAUGAACGUCAGCUCAUUGAGAGAAUGUGGGUUUCGUGCUUGAAAAUGGAGAAAAAUAAUAUUUUUCGAACCAAAGUUUUCUAUUUUACCUUUUUUCCAAAAAAAAAUAAAUUUUCUUUUCCUCUCUUCAUUUUUCACUGUCUUGCAUCUCAAAAUUCUCCUUUUGCCUUUUUUUCUCCUCGACAUUCCCAUAUUCCUUUCCGCCGUGAUCUGGUGCGCUAUCGCCUGUCAGGCCAGGUGAUGAGCGCGUGGCGCAACCGGCAAGCGGCCAGGCCAUUGCCCAAGGGGUCGCAGGUUCGACUCCCCUCCAUGCGCAGCUAUUCAGGGAGCAAGUUUUUGAUGGCUUGUUACCCGUAAAUCUGUCGCUAAACCAACCGAGUUUCUCAAAUUCCCGUUUGGCGGUUAUUAUUCGCCCUACGAUGAUCUGAAUCUUACAAUUCUUUUUUGUUUUUUCUAUUAAAAUCCUAUUUUGAAGCUAAAAAUUUCUGUUUUUCUCGUUUAGAACUUAAAGUAUGGCUUUUCCAGGAAUCUGGCGGCGAUCCAGAACCGCGAAAUCUGCUGCUACUCGAUUUCUUGCAAGGAGAAGGAGAAUAUCGGUAUCUUUCCGUCUUAUCUCGAUGUUUUUGAGGGGUUCUGACACUUGAGAGGAUUUUCGGAGCUUUGAAAUUGAGAUAUUUUGAUGAAAAUUUGAAAAUUUCAGUUUUUUUGAACCAGGAAAGCUUUUUACGUUCCCUUUUCUAGAUAACUUGUUCAAUUCCCAGUGAUUUAUUAACUUUUUCCCAAGCUUUAAUUAUUACAACUUCCCCGUAACGUUAGAGUGUCUAUUUAAAACGUCGCAAAGAAUUGAAAAAUUCCAAGAACUUCAAUUAUUUUGUUUUCAGCAAAGAUCACCUAAUUUUGCAAUUAGAUUCUUUCUCUGGGAAAUUCCAUAAUUGUUGAUUUACUGAUACCUUGCAACUUUAGAUGACUAAACAUGGAAUUAAAAGAAAGAAAAAUAUUUCCAGACAUCACACUUCAAUGGCUCAUCGAUCAUUCCAAAGGACAACGCUAA